GGCACUGCAAGUACAGAGAACACAACCAAGUACAGAAAUGCUGCAAGAAGCACAGGCGACAAUGGCAACUGUGGGACACUGAAAAGUGAUCAACAUGCCCGGACACUGCAUGGGACACAGUUGUCCAACCAAAUAAACCUCAGAUUUUAGCUCUUUUUCCAACACCACUGACCAACUAGCCAACUUAACUUCAUGAGUCACAAAGCAGCAUUUAACUCUGUUUUAGGAACCAUGGCUGCUGGAUUGAGGCGGGUGAUCUUGUUCCUGUUGCUGCUGUGCUGUUGGCAGCUGACCACGGCCAAAGAAUCCACAAAGAAGGGAAAGAAAGGCAAACAAGUCGUCUGUCCAUCCCAGUUGUCCCCAGAAGAUAUGGCACAGGUUCCGGCAAACUCCACCUCCAACAUCUUGAACCGUCUUAUGGUCAGUUAUGACCCAAGAAUAAGGCCUAACUUUCAAGGUAUCCCAGUUGAAUCCAGGGUGAACAUCUUCAUUAACAGCUUUGGGUCCAUCCAGGAGACCACUAUGGACUACAGAGUGAAUAUAUUUCUCCGUCAGAGAUGGAAUGAUCCUCGCCUACGACUUCCUACUGACUUUAAGAGUGAGGCACUAACUGUUGACCCCAACAUGUUCCAGUGUUUGUGGAAACCAGACCUUUUCUUUGCCAAUGAGAAAAAUGCAAACUUCCAUGAUGUCACACAGGACAACAUUCUGCUAUUCAUCUUCAGGAAUGGAGAUGUCUUGAUCAGUAUGAGGCUGUCGGUGACGCUGUCUUGUCCCUUGGAUCUUACGCUCUUCCCAAUGGACACACAGUUGUGUAAAAUGCAGUUGGAGAGCUUUGGCUAUACUACCAGCGAUCUUGUGUUCAUGUGGCAGUCUGACCCAGUUCAGAUGGAAGAGAUUGCUCUCCCUCAGUUCGACAUCAAACAAGAGGACAUAAAAUAUGGAAACUGCACAAAGUACUACCAAGGAACAGGUUAG